AUGGACAAUUCGAAGCUGUAUUAUUCCAACUCGCUUCUUAGUACUUACUUAAAGGGGAGCAGCGAGGACCUCACGCGGGUGGGGACGGAGCUGUCGGCGGUGCAGGCGCCGGCGAUUCCUGAGAUUGCUAUAGUGCCGCCUGAAGACGGUAGCCCUGAGAGUGGAAAGUCCAAUACGGUGGUUUCUCCUAGGGGCUCUAUAUACUCUGAGAGCUCUAGCUUUAACUCGCUAUACUCGUCGGUUUCUAAUCUUUCUGACGAUACUGAUCUUGAAAGUGUGAAGCUUAAAUUGGGAGAGUUCGAUACCAAGCCGAAGGGAGGGAAACUACGGAAACUACGGCACUUGUUCAAGUCAGAGAAGGUUGAACGGGAGGAAGAUGAGGAAGAUGAGAAUGUGCUCUUCUUUCGCCACGCGUGUGGGUUCCUCAAGACGAGCUUCUAUGACUAUAAGACGAACGAGACGUUGAAGGUGCUGUGGAGUGAGGCGUGUGAGGUGUUUUUGUUUGGCGAUAAGCUUCUGGUGAUCUUGCCGUCGCUGGGUGAGCUUCUACGGUUUAUUUUGGAAGCGUCGUUUGAGUUGGGCGAGGUGAAGUUUUCCAACUUGAAUAAGUUCCAUACGCCUGAACCGUUUGUGCCUGAGCAGUUACUUCAAGAUGCACUUCCAGCGAUCCACGACUUUAACCAUGUUUUGGAUUUAUACGCGGAGUCAAAAGCAAACGCUCAAAGACCAGAACUCUACGAAAAGCUCAUUCGUGACGCUAACCGCUCAGACGGGCUCUGCGUACCUCUUGCAAUCGCCAUGUUUGGUAACUGGUUGCUUUCAUACAAUAAGAGCGACGACGUGGCCAACAAUUACGACAAUGUGCUUAUUCUUAACUACUUUAGGAAAGCCGCUCGUUUGGCCAUGGCGCUCCGCAAGUUGACGCCAGAACUUGAACCGGCAGUGGAGAGCUUCCCACCUCAGGAACAGAUCCUUUUAAAACGGUUCCUCAUAAAGGACACUAACAACGCUCUUGCACUAAGUCUACACAGCUUGGGCGAGUACUAUCAACAUAUUCAUGACCAUAAUGUCGCCGUGACGCUCUGGGAGCUCAACUGUCACCUCACGGGAGACCUCGAAAGCGGGAACCUAGCCAUUCUAGGCCUCACUAACGGAUACGGGUUUGGCAACAAAAUCAAAGAGCAUAGCCAUAUUGGCAAACGGUCCAAGACCAACAAGUUCAAUACGAAACGUCGUAUUGCUCAUGUUUACCGGAUACUUCUCAAACGACCCGACUUCAAUGAAUACGGCGUUUCUUGGGCCACCAAAGAAAAAUACGACUAA